UAUUGCAACAAUAUGAUGAAUGCACUUGUCUUGAAUGUGUUUGCGAUGAUCCUCUUUCUCAUGUGAUUCCACAGCGGGUACACCUUUCCGCAUUUUUUGUUCAUCCACAUGCUCAGCUUCUUCGAGCCGUAAUAAUCCAAGAGCGGAACCAGAACGACCCAAACUCGCUCAGUACAUGGGUUUCUAGUCUGUAGAAAGCGACACACUUCCGAAACUUCAUGCCAUUACAACCUACUUUCUCAAUCAUCGUGGCUGAUCCGACAACCAUAAUAUCGGUUUUCUGGCAAGGGCUUCGAUUGGGCUUUCCACGGUGGGAGGAAUCCGCAUGCUUAGGAAUUAGGAAGAUAAAGACUUUACAAACAGAGGAGGUAGAUAGAUGUGUUGUUUAUCUUCCAAAUACUUGUACAAGUAAAUUUAUAGUCAGUGCUCAUCUUAACUUAAAAAUUCACAUUUUGUGUAGUUGCCUCGUGUUUGAUGUUUCUCAGUCAACGGGGUCUUUGGGGAAAGACCAACCUAAGGAAUAGGGAUGCAGUAUUCUAACGGCCAUCCAAAGACUUGGCCAGUUCUC